UUGGUUAAACUCGAUAAUUGAUGAGACUUGUUUUGAAACGUAUAAAAAUAACAUAUGACGAUUGUACGGAGUUGUGUGCAUUAUUCUAGUGUGCAAGCGAAACCAAUUGAUUCGCUAGUACGCAAAUAUAACGGCUGGGUGGAAAAGAAGCCGGAUGGAGCGGGGCUUGGGAAAAAAUAAGCAAGGAUAACGAGCUGAAUGACGAUUGUUUAUUGAAAUAAUAUCCCAUUAGCUAGCGGUGGCCAAUAUUUGGCAUAUGUAUAUAAUGGGAAAAGAACGUAGACUUGCGCGGGAGCAAGUAUACCCCGUGCUUUUGCGUGGCAGCUGUUUCAGUGCAUGAACGCUGAAGGCUGCGCACAUCGUUACCCAGUCCGUGGCUUAUACGUUAGUCGGUCGUGAAGCAUCGAUCGGAGAAACAAGAGGUGCACGCGUCGAUCGGUUUCGAACGAGGAACGUGAGGGAGCGUGAAAGAACGUGAGAAAUUGAGUGAAAAGAGGGAAGAGGAAAAGAAAGAAGGAGGAAAAGGAGGAAAGAAAAAGAGAAAAAGGGAGAAAGAUCUGGCGAAGAAUUUCGGUAAUCACAGCGGGAAAUUGGAAGAGAUCGUUCGAUCGAUCUCGUUUCGAAGCAACGACGGGAACGAAAUCGACAGUCGGACGUGGUUCGGAUCGCUGAGCGCGAUCGUUUACCUGUGAACCGGCAACGAAUCGGUGCUUGCGGUCAAUGAAGUCACGUAAGAGCCGCGAGAAAAGCCAAGUCGAUACGUCGUGCCGUGGAAAGAGAUCCUCCUUGAGACGAAGGGAUUGACACGACAGCCCAGGCCCGAACACAUCUCCCCCUUUAUCGCGAAACCGUUCGUUGCGGUGUGUCAGUGCUAACAGCUGCCAAAGAUGCAACGGCAAGAGGGCGAACUUGAAGAACUCGGGGGCAUUUUAGGGGGUUCCACCGCCGGUGCCCUUGCCCUUGGCGGCAGGCACAAGCCGGAGGAGCUUUCCACAUUGGCGGCCAACACCAGAUUCUCGAGGAAGGAAAUACAGCUUAUCUAUCGCGGUUUUAAGCAGGAGUGUCCCACGGGCCUCGUCGACGAGGAAGCUUUUAAACAGAUCUUCUCACAGUUCUUCCCCCAAGGUGACGCUAGCCAGUAUGCUCAUUAUGUCUUCAACACUAUGAAGAGGAAACCGUCUGGAAAGAUAAGCUUUGAAGAAUUCUUGACUAUUUUGUCGAAAGUUUCGAGAGGAUCGGUAGAGGAAAAGCUGCAAUGGAUAUUUGGACUUUACGAUCUGGACGGUGAUGGAUUGAUCAGUAAAGAGGAAAUGUUGGAUGUUGUUGGUUCGAUUUAUGAGAUGUUGGGCCGUUACACUCAGCCACAAAUAGUCGAGCCGCAUUUGGCGGCUCGGGAACAUGUCGAUCGUAUUUUUCACUUAAUGGACGCGAACAAAGAUGGCGUGGUGACAAUCGAAGAACUAGUACAAUGGUGUUCCAAGGACGAACAACUUUUGCGAAGUCUCGACACGCUUGAUACCGUCUUAUGAGAUCUUUAUAAUUAUUUUAUAAUCCUCACUCCAAAUUCCCAAGACUCUCGAAUCCCCCUUAAAAUUGUAAUGCAACGUUCGAACGAGUUCUGUCAGUAAGUUUCUAGAAAUUCGACUAUUUGGUCGUAUCGUUUAAUAUUUAAUACUUUGUGAAAGGAAUUGAAUUUCGAUUGAAAUUACUAGUUCGACUUCAUCGAACGUUGCUUGUAAAUAUGUACUUAUCCUACCUACCCAGUCUUUCAAGCGUGCUAUUGAAUGCAUGAUGAAAUUAACAGUAUUAUCCCCGAAUAGAAUUCCUUCUUACAUCUUCCUGCAUGUGCUAAUCCUUGUGCGACUAACAAUUGCGCGACUAUGACUUUAUUUUUAAUUUAAGAAAAAUAUUUCAGCUAUAAAAGAAGAAGAUGAAUUUGUGCUACACAUAAUUUUGAUUUCGGCAUCAAAAAAUAUUAUAUCUUGUAUCGUCUUGAAGGAUGAGAAUAUCUUUCAUUAAAAUUUUAACGGUACGAAUUUAAUAAUUCAGAGCAAGUUAUCGAGCGGUUAUUGUACGUACAAUACAGAAUUGUUUAGGUAAGAUCGAUGCGAUGGGAACAAAUCAAUCUCCAGAUUCGUUAAAACGGAGACUGAACUCUAUAUUUAAACGUAACAUCUAAACUUUAAGAAAACUUUAAGAAUUUUAUCAAAUUAUGCUAUAACGUUUUUCCGUAAAAUUCACAAAGCGAUCUAAUAUUUCUUAACUUCUAUAUCUCCUCUAAACUUCUAUUUUCACGAGUUAAGAAAUAUUCUGUACUCCUUUAAAUAAUUUCACGGUGCACGUACGAAGCAGUUUUACUUUUUCACGAUCGUUCAAUUUUCUCUGAUUAAACAAACAAAAUGUAAACGUACUUGAUAACCAUUACUGUGGUUAAGUACGAUUAAAAAAGUAUUUUCAAAGAGCUUCGAUUAUUAUCCAUCGUUUGGGUCAUUUUGUUAUCUUGCAGCGAAUAUAAUUAUAAGAUUAUUAAUUAAAAAUUUAUUCGAAACUUUUACAUUCCAAAAUUUAAAUAUAGCUUACAAAAUAAUAAAGCGUUCAAGAAAUUCGUAGAGAGAAUUUAUUCAAAGUUUGUUCAAGAUUGUUAAAUUCAAGUAUAUGCGAAUAACAUUUGACAAUCGUUUUAGCUCUUGUAUGAAUCAAUAUAAAAGUUUUCUUCGAUCUUCCUGCUAUAUUCUUGAAUAUUUCCAGAUUCUUCAUUCAUGUUAGGAAAUAUGGCAAGAAAAUAUGCAAAAGUUCAAACGUAUUUAACGCUAUAAUAAGUUAAAAGAUUCGCAUAUAUUAUAGAUCAUAGAUUUUACAAUACCUUCAAAGACCCAUGUACGAUGGAACAUAUAUAGUUAGUAACCCAAUAAUAGCGUAUCGUAGUACCCUCGACCAAUCAAGAGAAACGUGAUCCUCUAAGAUCGACGCCUCGUGUGAUUCUCUCGUACCUUAUUACAUUUAUUAUUACUAUCGCAUAAAAAAUAUUGUUAUUAAUAUUGUAAUUACUAUCAACUACUUAUUACUUGUCUUCUAUCAAAUUGAAGCAAGGUAUUGCGCUCGCAAUAAUGAAAAUUAUUGGCGCAUAUUCGAGAUAUUCUAAAUCUUAUGUGUACAAAUAUCAUCGAAUUUGUUGAAUUUCUCAAGUUUAUUAAAAUAUCCAUAUUAUAUUUGAAAA